AUGGUCGGCCAGCUACCACUCCAAGACCUCAAAGUCCUCGAGUUCGCCGGCCUCGCCCCCGGCCCCUUCGCCGGCAUGCUCCUAGCCGACGCCGGCGCCUCAGUCCUGCGCAUCGACCGCGCGAUCCCGGGGCAGACACAUCAAACACAUCCAAAGGACAGCAGCACAUCAAACCCAAACCCCCAUAGCCCGUCAUCACCACCACCACCACCGCCGCCCACCCCCGACAUGCUAGCCCGGCACAAAUCCAGCAUAGCAGUAGACCUCAAGUCCCCCCGCGGCACCUCCCUAAUCAGAACCCUAGCGCGUGAAGCCGACGUGCUAAUCGACCCCUUCCGCCCAGGCGUCCUCGAGAAGCUCGGCCUCGGACCAAGCGUGUUAUGUGCUGAAAAUGCAAACCCGCGCCUCAUCUACGCCCGCAUGACGGGCUUCCGCCGCGACGGCCGCUACGCCGCCAUGGCGGGCCACGACAUAAACUACCUAGCCGUAUCGGGCGUAUUAUCCCUCCUCGGCACCGCGGACCCAAGUGAACCGCCGCGGCCGCCUUGGAAUAUCCUGGCUGAUUUCGCUGGUGGUGGUGCUGUGCUGGUCCAGGGGAUUAUGAUGGCCCUGCUGGCGCGCGAUCGCCCGGGUGGUAAUGGUGGUAGGGGUCAGGUCGUCGAGGCCAACAUGGUAGACGGAUCCUCCUACCUAGCCACCUUCCCACGCAUGGCACUAAAAACGCCCCUAGGCGCCGGUCCGCGCGGGACUAACCUCCUGGAUGGCGGCGCGCCGUUCUAUUCCGCCUACACCACGCGCGACAACAAAUACGUCGCCGUCGGCGCGCUAGAACCGCAGUUUUUCGCUCUGCUGAUCAAGGGGUUGGGACUGGAGGGGCAUGGGUGGGAGGCGAAGCAAAAUGAUCGGGCUUGUUGGGCGGAGAUGCGGAGGGUGUUUGCGGCGGGUUUUGCGGGGAGGACAAGGGGGGAGUGGGAGGGCGUGUUUGAUGGGACGGAUGCUUGUGUUACGCCGGUGUUGGGGUAUGGGGAGUUGGAAAAGGGGCAGCGGUUGGGGGAGGGAAGGGAGGGAAGAAGGGAGGGCGAUCAGAGGCCGAUCGUAGGGUUGCGGGAUACGCCCUGUCUCGCCGUCGACGAGCGGGUUUCGGAUCCGAGCAUGCAGGGCAGGGGCGCUGGGGUGCCGGGCGGUGGGUAUGUGCCGAGUCCGCUGGCGCCGGGCGAGGGCGGCGAGGAGGUGUUGAGACGGUGGGUUGGGUGGAAUAGGGGGACGGAGUUUGAUGUUGAGGGAGGGGGGUUGGUGUUGAAGGAGAAGGAGAAGGAGAAGUCGAAGCUGUGA